UUUAACCCUGGUUAAGGUCCAACUUGCACGCGGUAACCCUGAUUAACAAUUCACUUGCUAUAAGACUAUCACUUGGGGCAUGUCAAUCUUAUUCCUAUCCUCUUUUCCAAAUUUCCAUGGCUUCUGCGGAUGUUGAAUACCGAUGCUUUGUUGGUGGGCUCGCUUGGGCCACUGACAACUACGAUCUGGAGAAAGCCUUCUCUCAGUACGGUGACGUCGUUGAAUCGAAGAUUAUCAACGAUCGUGAGACUGGAAGAUCCAGGGGAUUUGGAUUUGUUACCUUCGCCUCCGAGGAUUCAAUGAGGGAUGCGAUCGAAGGGAUGAACGGUCAGAACCUUGAUGGACGCAACAUCACUGUGAACGAAGCUCAGUCCCGCGGAAGCCGCGGUGGAGGCGGUGGCGGUUACGGAAGUGGCGGUGGAUACAACCGCAGUGGUGGUGCUGGAGGAUACGGUGGCCGUCGGGAAGGUGCAUAUAACCGUAACGGUGGUGGUUAUGGCGGUGACAGAGACCAUCGUUACGGACCUUACGGGGACGGUGGAUCACGCUACUCUCGUGGUGGUGGUGAUGGAAGCUGGAGAAAUUAGGGCUUAAUGUUGUAGAUUAGUGUUUAUUGCUAUGUUUGUGUUCCGUAAUUUUAGGUGUUACGGUUUGGUAAUUUGUCUUGGUUUGGGGCUCCUGGAUACGGUUUUUUACCUAUAUAUCUCUGGUUGUGUAGAAUCGAAUAAAUGAAAAGAUUGCCAGAAAUUAGGGUACUACUAUAGUGCUAUCACAUUUCAACAGAUUUUUAUUUGGAAAAUAUUUUAAUUGCACCAA